AUGACAACGCCGAGACCAGUCAGCACUGCUGCCGCAUGGGCGAUGCCCUCUGCGUCGGCGACCACGGCAACGCCCGCAAGCCUCAGUAGCCGCAAUCAAAGCCGAAGCCGAAGUGCGCGGCAGAGUUCUCGCGCACGCCGCGGCAUGUCCACAUCCACUUCCGCUCGUUCUGGAACAGCUCCUCCCGCUCGAACCCCGAGAAGCGUGCGCCACACAACACCGGCGGCUGCCGCCGUCCCCACUACCAUCUGCGCUGUCGUUGAAGGCCGCGGAAAGGCGAGGGGAGAGAUUGGACUCGCUUCCGUGGACUUGAACGGUGCUGUGGCCGAGCUGUCGCAGUUCAGCGAUGGUGCGACGUACCUGAAGACAUUCACCAAGGUCCACUACUUUUCUCCAAUUGAGGUGGUCAUGCCUUCCACCAUGUGUGCGGAGAAAGGGUCAAAACUCUUCACAGCCUUGCGCGAGCACCACCCGGACUUGGACAUUGUCAACAUCCCGCGCAAGUUCUUUGCCGAAGAAAAGGGUACGCAAGUAAGCAGGCGUGUGUGUGCUUAUGACUUUCGCAGCGUUCGAUUUGAAGUGCAAGACAAGUUCUACGCUUUGGCUGCGUUUGGCGCCCUGAUCAAGUACGUUAGCCAUGUGCAGAACAUGGUCUUUGCACCCAACUCACUCAAGAUCAUCUACUCCGGCAACACGUGCGCUACAAUGAUGGAUGCAACCACGGUGAAGCAUUUGGAGCUGCUCCAGAGCAUUCGCAACCCAAGCAACACAGCACACUCCUUGUUUGGCGUUCUGGAUCACACCAAGACUGUCAGCGGAGGCCGCUUUCUUCGUGCAGAGCUGCUACAGCCGCCAUCAGAUGUCAUGACAAUCCAAACGCGCCAAGAAGCCGUUGAGUUCCUUCUCAACAAUCAAGCUGAUUUUGAACAGCUGGGAGACCUGCUCAGCCGAUUCGAGGAUAUGGAGUCGCUCAUCACCCACUGCAUUCAGAUUCCUCACGCGCAGGAUGCAACGACGGCGGAGCGGAGGAUCGGCAGCUUGCUUAGACUCAAGCACAACAUGGAGCUGGUUCCGCAGCUGUGUCAACACCUAAGCAAGAGCAGCAGCAGCUUGUUGGGCACAUUCGCAGCCACGCUGCAGGACGGUAGCUUUGCUGCCAUCAACGAUGCCAUUGUGCGCGUCUUUCACGAAGAAGCCCGUGUGGACCAAGGCGCACUCAACCGGCGUACCCAGCAUAUCUACGCCAUACGCGAAGGCAUUCACGGCAUGCUGGACGUUGCACGACGGACGUACGGAGAGGCAGUCGCCGACAUUACAGAGUUGUGCCAGCAGCUGUCGGAACGCUACGAGGUUGAUUUGGCUCUGGAAUACACGGCCCAGCGAGGAUUCUUCUUCAUCACACAGAGCAAGGCGCAGCUGCCCGCAGCAUUCAAGCAGGUCUCAAAGUCUCGGCAGCGAACGGGUUUGGUGACGCAAGAAUUACAACAGAUGAACACACGCAUCCGGGAGAGCAUGUUGGAGAUUUUCACCCUGGCAAACACGAUUUGUGCAGACCUGUUUGCGGAGAUUCGGGCGCACCUUGGCAGUUUGUACAGACUGACAGAAAUCAUUGCGAUGACAGACUUUUUGCAGUCGCUCGCGACAUUUGCGUCGUUUGUGCCCACACGAUACGUUCGCCCAGAGUUUUCAGACACGCUCGCGGUCAAGGGCGGCUGUCACCCGAUUCUCAUGUCCCUGAACCGGAGGCAAGAGCUCGUUCCAAACGACACGUUUGCCAGCAAGGAAACAAGCUUCAUCGUCAUCACGGGGCCCAACAUGAGCGGAAAGUCGGUGUACCUUCGCCAAGUGGCUCUGCUGCAGGUGUUGGCACAGCUGGGCAGCUUUGUGCCCGCAGAGUUUGCUUGCUUUCGUGUGUGUGAUCAGAUCUUCACGCGGAUUGGUAAUGAGGACAGCUUCGAGACAAACUCCAGCACAUUCAUGGUGGAGUGCCAAGAACUCAACUUUAUCCUGCGGAACGCCACGGAGCAAAGCUUGAUCAUCAUUGAUGAACUGGGCAGAGGGACAAGCCCGGAAGAAGGGCUUGGAUUGUGUUUUGCCGCAUGUGAGUACAUGAUCCAGCUUCAGGCGUUUACGUUCUUUGCCACACACUUCUCGGAGCUGUGCCGUCUUGACAUUUAUCCCAGCGUUGAGAAGUAA